CGCAGAGUUGACCCAGAAAGCGAUCUCCCGUAUCAGGGACUAGAACAGAGAGAACCGAGCAGUAGCAGCAGGAGCACGAGCGUGUCUGGAAUACCACGGAAAACGCCAGGACACUCUUGAGAAAGGAAGAGCGAUAUUGCACAGCAUCACUUCCAAACCAAACCAUGGCUGAUCACAUGAUGAUGCCCAUGAGUCAUGGGUUCCGCAUGGGCAUGAACAAUCACCCUCAGCAUAUGGGCCAGCCGGGCAUGAGGACCCUCCCGAACGGCCAGCUGAUGCACUACAACCGAGCGCCGCAAGGUACCUUGGAGGCGGCAAUGAGGCAGCGGGCCGGCAUGGGGCCCAUGAUGAACGGACAGAUGGGCAACGGGCAUCAUCAUCAGAUGCAAACGGGUAAUAUGAUGUACGGCGGGCCGAACCAGCACCCGGGGCCACAGCCCCCUCAAGCUCAACAUCACAUGCACCCACAGAGCCAACCGCCUCAGCAGCAUCAGCAGCAGUACAUGACUGGAGGAGGCCUAAGCCCAUCUCAGCAGCUUAUGGCCAGCAUGCACCUGCAGAAACUCAACACCCAGUACCACGGGCAUCCUCUCGGCCCUGGCAACGGACACCACAUGGGACCCGGUGGUCCUUACAGAAUGGCUCCAAACCAACUGGCAGGCAUGCAGAUGGGAAUGGGUGGCCCAACGUUGGGCCUCAAUGUCAUAGAUACGGACUUGAUCGACGAGGACGUCCUUACGUCUCUCGUGCUUGAACUGGGCUUGGACAGGGUGCAAGAGCUACCUGAACUCUCACUGGGUCAGAACGAGUUUGACUUCUUCUCAGACUUUGUGUGCAAGCAGCAGCCUAGCACUGUCAGCUGUUGAGCAGCCAAGCAGAGGUGGUUUCACUUCAUAUCUGUUCCAGUCAGUGACAAGUUGGUUGCCUGUAGAAUUCCGAGGAUUUUUUUCUUGCAAGGGAAGCCAGUUUUACUGGUCUGAAGUGAAAGUGACUUUGUAAAGUUAUGCUAUAUAUACACACACACACACACACACCGUAGUACACUCUGGCCUGACCUACUUGUUGGCGAAUGAGAAGAAAGAAGGGAGUUCUCUUUGAAUUAUAUCUGCUCUUUAAAGAGCCGAACUCUGCGAUUGACCUUUUUGUAAGUGUGUUUUUCGUGAGGUAGCAGCCAACGUUUUCUAUCAGUCCCCCGGGGUGACGAUGUAGCUCGGUCCGGACCAGGGUUGAAUGUGACUUCACUAUUAGCACUGAUUAGAACGAUGCCUAUAGCCUGCCUUGCCUCCUUGGGGGCAUCACUGGCAUUUAGAAAUAUAUUUAUAAUACUCACCAAAAACACACACACAAAACAAAAAAAAAAAAACUGGACAUUUAUUAAGAUCAUAUGACAAUUCUGCUUUAUAUCAGACAAGCUCCUAGAGGCUUGAACGGCUUGAGUGAGUAUUUUUUUUUGUGUAUUGAAGGCUGGUACUUCAACACCGACUUCGAUUAUUCCUUCAUUGCUCCAAAGCUAAAGUGUAAGAGCCUAGGAUUGGUGACGUGCUGGAGCCAGGUGUUUGUCAUUUUUGCACAGUGCUACACUGUUUAUUUCCUGUUGAAUUUCAUUAAGAUGACCGCCAUUAGCAUAAACGUCGCGUUUUUAUCACAGUCGAAUGCUCAUAAUGGUUCUACUGCUUCAACUGAAUUUAACCAAAUCGAUUGGCUGGCACCUAAGUGUCAACCGUUCACUGUAGGCUGUCUCUUUAUGCUUAUAGAGAUAGCGAGAAACAGCUUGGAAAGCACUGGAAUGUCUUAUUAGCUUCUGUCGCUAACUGCUGAGCCUGCUCCCUGCUGGUUUGUCACAGCUCCAGGACUGCCUUAAACAAGCAGCAUUACUUUCUCAAAAGAAGAAGAAAAAAAAAACAUUACUUAUGCUUAAAAGUGGAAAAUUACAGGGGCUUCACUCAGUUUUAGGGAAAAAAAAAGUGGAACAAGAAACGUAGCGUGCGUAACGGUUCCGCCAAGAGGUAACAAGUCGUCCAGUUUUGACGCAGACUUCUCUAUCUGAAAUGUACGUAGUGCUCAUAUAUGGUCAGUAGAUGUCUUUAGAAUGUCACUAUACUGUGAAUAACUUGAGUUUGACAAAUACAGCGCCACUGUGUAAUGUCCCUUAAACCACAUAUUGCUCAGUGCUAUCUUGUAGCAAGCCGCUAAGUAGAGAAGGACAGCAUUAUAUUCUACGGCAAUACAUGUUUUUGUUUUUGAUUUCGUUCUUUUGUUUUGUUGACUCGUAAUGUUGGAGACAUUCACCGCUUGCAACGUUGUUCGUGUCCUCAUGGUAGCACUCUACCAUAUCUCUCAGUAUAUAAGCUUACCUUGCAGGUUCACCACUGAUUUUCUGCGCACGCACACACACACACAUACAUACAUGCUUCCUCUUAAUUGAGGUCGGUGGACCCAGUCUCUCCAGUGGUCUCAUAAUUACAGAAUGGAAAUAAUUUAUUAAUUUCUACAUUAUUGCUUCGUUAGUCACUUAUAUAUAUACUGAAGGAUGCAGUUUUUUUGCCCCCUGUGGUGAGGUUAUGGUAUUUGCUUAUCUCAGCUGGAAUUUGUUCAGGAACAGCUUGUUUAAUGCCAAAAGUAGUUUUGCUCCAGUCCCAUCUCAUCCCAUCGAGGCUCAUGGGAAUAAGUCUUAGCCUGGGAGACAAAACUGGGAACACCAUAAUCCUGUUUUUUUUUUUUUUUUUUUUUAUACACCAGUAAACAUUAUUCAUGGUACACAUUGAUAAAAUUGAUGACCUAAGAACAAGUCGUCUUUUAUGGCCACUGUUGAGUUCAUAAACUGUAGCACCCUAGUGAAGCUGCACCUUUGGUGAACAAUAUUUGUAUUAAAAAGGGACUCGGACAAAUUUAUGUUGUGAUGGGAACUUUCUGCAUACACCCAAGUGUUCAGCCUCAGUCUCAUUGUGUACCUUAAACAUUUAGGUGACCUUGCCUUUCCUUGUACCCGUCUAGACUGCUGGCUUUCUCCAGACGUAUGUUAUAACGAGUGGCAUCCGUGCGUGGACCCCUGGCUUGAUUUAUUUGGCUUUGUUUCUCUCUCCAUAACCUCACUCCCGGAAAUGCUUUUUAAAAUGUCGUUGAUUCUAUCUUAAGAAAAUGUAUUUAUUUUCACUGAUAAUAAAAUAUUUAUUUAAUGAA